AUGGUUAAGGUCUGGAAUAUAACGCUGCGUUUGCUAGUAUUGCUGUUUUUAGCAGGUAACACAUUGCUGUUGAUUUUGAUGAUUAUAUCUGGUGCCACAGACCAUUACCCCGUAAACAGAUUCUAUUGGGUGCAAGGCAAUACGACAGGUAUACCCAAUGCUGGGGACGAAACUCGAUGGACAUUCUGGGGCGCCUGUCUACAGGAUAAAGACGGCUCGGAUACCUGCACAAGUGAUUUGGCACCUGCCUACCCGAUUUCACCAGUGGACAACUUCAAUACACACAUCAAUGUCCCCCAUCAGUUUAUUUCUAAAAGAGACGCGUUUUACUAUCUGACGAGAUUUUCAUUCUGUUUCUUUUGGAUUGCAUUGGCCUUUGUGGGAGUGUCGUUUAUUCUCUACAUUCUAACAUGGUGUUCGCAGAUGCUUUCGAAUAUGGUUCUUGUGCUUAUGUCUUUUGGAGUCGUCUUCAAUACGGCCGCUGUUGUCUUGCAGACGGCCGCCUCUGCUAUGGCGAAAAACGCUUUCCAUGACGAUGAUCGUAGUGCGCAAUUGGGUGCUUCUAUGAUGGGUAUGGCUUGGGCAAGUGUCUUUUUGAGUAUUGUGGAAUUUACCUUGUUGGUUUUCUGGUCUGUUAGAGCUAGACUGGCCUCUACUUACCCCAUGGACAAUUCAAGAUAUAGGACUUCCUCCAAAUGGAACCCCUUCCAUAGAGAAAAGGAGCAAGCCACCGACCCAAUUUUGGCUGGUACUACUCCCGAAGACAUGCAACAAAGCGCAAGCGUAGUGGGGCCUUCUUCCCAUACUAAUGCGGUCACUGCUACUACCGCUGCGGAAAAUCAACCUAAAGGUAUCAACUUCUUUACCAUAAGAAAAUCGCACGAGCGCCCGGACGAUGUUUCUGUCUAG